AGGGAAAUGCAUUUAUGCUAACAAUACAUACUAAUGAACUCUUGCCCAUCACCCUUCAAUCCAUUCAUUAAACAAUUCUAAAUGGAGAAAAAUUACAUCAUCUUCCUAUCUCUAUCUCUGACACUCUUGUUAUCAACAAACAAUCUCACGCCGAUCAUAACCUCAUCGGCGGCCAUCACGCCGCCGCCUCCGCCGGAUUCUUUAAGUGAUGAUGAAAAAGCACUCUUAGCUUUCAAGAAAGACUCCACCCCCUCCGGCGUCUUUGACGGCAAGAACUGGUCAAACACUUCAAUCUGUCAAUGGAUUGGCGUUUCUUGCAACACCAAACGCGGCACUAGAGCCACCAUCAUCAGCUUCAUCACUUCCCUGAACAUUUCAAACUUCAAUCUGCAAGGACCCAUUUCCCCAUACCUUUCGAAUUUAACAUCCCUUCAAUCUCUGGACAUUAGCUUCAACAAUUUCACAGGAGAAAUCCCACCAUGGAUUGGAGCUUUCCCUAAACUUCAGAUUCUGUAUCUCAAUAAUAAUUCCUUCUCUGGAUCAAUCCCUUCUUCUCUGUUCAAUAUGCCUUCUUUGGUGGAGAUUAAUAUGAGGUAUAAUAGGCUGUCGGGGAAUCUUCCGGCGGAUAUGUGUCGGAACAGCUCUUAUUCGAAGCUAGAGAGAAUAUAUCUGACCGGAAAUCGGCUUACCGGAGAGCUUCCCGGAGAUAUACAGAAGUGUGCACAGCUGCAAGACUUGCGCUUGGCCGGAAACCUUUUCAGUGGGAAUAUACCAAGUCAACUUGGGAGUUUGACCAUGCUGGCUAUUUUGAAUCUUGGGUCAAACCGUUUCACUGGAAACAUUCCGGCUUCCAUCUUUAACAUUUCUUCUAUGACAAUGAUGGUCCUCUCUGGCAACAGCUUGACUGGAAGUAUCCCAGCCAGCACUUUUCACAAACUAUUUCAGCUUCAGCUAUUGGAUUUAAAGAGUAAUAAUUUAACAGGUAACAUACCAAAGCAAAUUGGAAACCUCACUUCACUGGUUACGCUCGAUCUUUCUUUUAAUCAUCUUACAGGUGAAUUACCAGAAGAGCUGGGCAAUCUUGCAAACCUUCAGGUCUUUGGAGCAGCUUACAAUAAUAACUUAAAUGGCUCCAUACCAGCUUCCUUGUUUAACAUCUCUGCAUUGACCAGAGUAGGUCUUCAACAAAACUUGCUUUCUGGCAGUAUUCCUCCGUUCCUAGCGACGCCUUCAAAUCUUCAAGUUCUCAUUUUGUCACUAAACCGGCUUCACGGCGGAAUACCGAGCUCCAUUGCUAACGCUUCCAUGCUCACACUUUUGGAGCUCAAUAGAAACUCCUUAUCUGGCCUCAUACCUGACUUUAGCAGCUUGACAUUUCUUCAAACACUCCGUCUUUGGGAAAACAAUCUCACAGGAGCGGUGUCCCCGUCUCAACACCUCGGGUUCCUUACUUCGUUGACAAAUUGCCAGUAUUUGGAGCACUUGGAAAUAACAGACAAUCCACUCAAUGGUAUUCUCCCGCCUUCCAUCGGGAACUUAUCCAAAUCUCUACUAAACUUCAUGGCAUCCGACUGCAACAUCACUGGCCCUAUUCCUCCCGGAAUCGGAAACUUAACAAACUUGCAAAGCUUAUAUCUGGCUGAAAAUCAGCUUAGUGGUUCCAUCCCACCGACAUUAGUGAACCUAAGUUCCGCUUCCAGAAUACUUCUCGGUGGUAAUCGGCUGGAAGGCCAUAUCCCUUCCGAUCUUUGCCAACUAAGAAAUUUGGGGGAAUUGAAUUUGAGUGUCAAUUUACUUACUGGCCCAAUUCCUGAAUGUUUCGGUGAAAUGGCAAACUUGAAUACGCUCUCCUUCGCCUUCAACAACUUGAGUUUCAACAUACCUUCCACCUUCUGGGAUCUUACAAACAUGAUUACACUAGACUUAUCCUCCAACAAUCUCAGUGGACAAAUUUCAAGACGGAUUGGAAAUUGGAAAGCAAUCGGUAGCCUAGACAUGUCUUCUAAUCAAUUUUCUGGUGAAAUCCCGACCUCGAUUAAAGAUUGUCUAUCACUAGAGAACUUAUGGUUGGCUGGUAAUCACUUCACUGGAUCAAUCCCUGAGUCUUUUGGUAAUCUCAGAGGCUUGACAACAUUGGAUCUCUCCGAUAACAGUCUUUCGGGAUUCAUACCUGACUCCUUAGAAGCCCUAACGGAUCUUACAUAUUUCAAUGUCUCUUACAACAAAUUGCAAGGAGAGAUUCCCAACAAGGGCCGAUUUGCCAGCUUCACAGCUCAAUCUUUUUUGAGCAACCCCUCUCUUUGCAGUGUUGCAAGUCAAAGACUUCAGGUUCCAACUUGUGUAGACCAAAAUCACAGUCGGUCUAACAACGUAACCCGUUUAAUGAAGUACAUUCUCCCUCCCUUCAUUGCAUUCAUCAUUAUGGUUCUUAUCAUAGUACUUGUUCUCUUAAAGAGACGAAAACAGACAAAAGCACCGCCUCCAGCCGAUGAUGAUAUAUCUUUAUGGCGAAGAAUAUCAUAUAUGGAACUCGUGCAAGGAACAAAUUAUUUUGAUGAGAGGAAUCUAAUUGGAAGAGGAGGCUCUGGUUCAGUUUUUAGAGCAACUCUUUCUGAUGGAUUAGACGUUGCAAUAAAAGUGUUUAACUUACAAUCAGAGGGAGCGAGCAAGAGUUUUGACACUGAAAGUGAGAUUCUGAGUAGCAUCCGGCACAGGAACUUGGUCCGAAUCAUUGGCUGUUGUACCAACACAGAAUUCAAAGCUUUGAUUCUUGCAUACAUGCCAAACGGGAGUCUGGAGAAAUGUUUAUAUUCUAAAGAUGAGCAUUGCUUGAGUUUGGUUCAGAGAUUAAACAUAUCAAUAGAUGUUGCAUUGGCGUUGGAAUAUCUUCAUCACAAUCACACAUUCACUGUUGUUCAUUGUGAUAUAAAGCCCAGCAAUGUGUUGCUUGAUGAAGAUAUGAUUGCUCAUGUUGGUGAUUUUGGCAUUUCUAAGCUCUUUGGUGAAGGGGAGGAAAUGGCUCAAACUAAAACGUUUGCGACUAUUGGCUACGCAGCACCAGAAUAUGGAGCUGAAGGGAAAGUAUCGACAAGUGGAGAUGUGUACAGUUACGGGAUAUUGUUGGUGGAGAUGUUCACAUGUAAGAAGCCAACAGAUGAUAUGUUUGGUGGGGAAAUUAGCAUGAAGGGAUGGGUAACUGAAGCCAUAAAGCAAAAUAGAACAAGAGAAAUUGUGGACCUUGGUUUGCUUUCAAGAGAAGAUGAUCAUUUGUCUGAAUGUAUUUCAUCUAUUUUCGACUUGGCUAUGAAAUGCUUAGCAUUCUUGCCAGAUGAAAGAGUUAACAUGUUACAAGUAGUCGCUGCCCUGCAGAAGAUAAAAUGUAAAGCUUCGACACAAAGGGUUACCAAUAUGCGGCAAAGAUGAUGAGUAAUGACCAAUAGUGAAUUAGUGAUAUAAAUAAUCCCAUUUUUGGCGUUAUUACUUUUCUUGUUGCAUAGUGUUUUUGUAAGCAAAUAUAAAAAUUAAACACAAUAAUAGUUGGAUAAAGGAAAUAUAGUGUGGUUGUAAGUAAAGUGAGGCGAAAGGUGAAACAAAACAGUGAAAAUAUGAGUGUUAAUGUUAGCCUUAUGAGCAGACCAGUUCAUUUGCAUUGUGGCGGGGCGUAUGAGCUUUCUUCCAG